GCCCCGAGCCGCAUCUCCCAGGCCGCAGCCCCGCCCGCCGCCAGGGCCCGCGAGCGCCGCGGGCCCUCGUUUGCUAGUUGCCCGAGGAGACGCGCGCGCACGCGCACCCGCACCUGCACCCUGCGCUCCGCGUCGCCUGCGCUCCGAGCGCGCCAUGAGCCGCGGCCGCUCCUCCGGCUCCAGGCGCCUGGACCCGGCCGGUCACGCCGCCCGCAGCGCCUCGUCGCCCGCGCCCGAGGAAAUUUACGGCCGUCUCUUGGAAGUCCCGGUCACUAGGGAGCAGUUACACCACUAUCGGAAUGUGGCCGAAAGUGCUCGAAGUGACCUUGCUGCAACUUUGGUCAAAUUUGAAUGUGCUCAGUCUGAGCUUCGAGACCUCCGAUCCAAGAUGCUUUCGAAAGAAGCCUCCUGUCAAGCGUUGAAAGCUGAAAUGGAGAAUUACAAAGAAAAUCAUGCUAGAAAAUCAUCUCUCCUCACCUCUCUGAGACACAGAGUUCAGGAGCUGGAAGAAGAAUCAGCAGCACUUGCCACUUCUAAAAUUAGAACCGAAAUCACAGCUCACACCGCAAUCAAGGAGAACCAGGAGUUGAAGAAGAAAGUUGCGGAACUAGACGAGAACUUACAGAAAACUCCUUCAAAUGUGUGUAUAGACUCACCGUCUCCAGUUCUCCUCCUCUCCUCUCUUGGGUCUGCUCCACUGACACCUCUCACUAAGGACCUGCUCAGUGCUGUAGAGACAAAGGAGGCUCUUGAAAGGGAAGUCAAGCUCUUCCAAGAAAGGCUGCUUGCUGGCCAGCGGGUCUGGGAUGCCUCGAAGCAGGAACUGAGCCUCUUGAAGAAAAGCUCUUUCGAGUUGGAGAAGAGCUUGGAGGCCAGCAUGGAUGCAACGGCAACCUCGAGAAACCAGCACUCCUCGUUUAGGGAGAAAGUCGCAGCGCUGCUCGGGGGCAACUGGGGCACGAUUGUGCCCACGGAGGAUGCUAUUUUGGAAAGGAUCCGAGAAAUGACCGGCCAGGGAGAGAGCAGGAAAAGUAUGGUCUCCCAGCUUGAAGCCCGAAUAUCUGAGCUUGUUGAACAGUUGGGAAAUGAGUCUGGGUUUCACCAGAAAGCUCUUCAGAGGGCCCAGAAAGCAGAAAGCAAGUUGGAGACUCUUCAGGGUCAGCUGACAUACCUGGAGGGAGAGCUGGCUUCUGGAGAUGUUUUGCGAGAUAACUUGGAUUUUGAGAAACAAAAAUAUCUUAAAUUUCUGGAUCGGCUCUCAGAGAAAAUGAAACUGGACCAGAUGGCUGCUGAACUUGGCUUUGACAUGCGCCUGGAUGUAGUCUUAGCUCGCACAGAGCAGCUGGUCCGCCUCGAGAGCAACGCAGUCAUUGAAAACAAGACUAUCGCUCACAAUUUACAGAGAAAGCUCAAGACUCAGAAAGAAAGACUGGAGAGCAAAGAACUGCACGUGAACCUUCUCCGGCAGAAAAUUGCCCAGUUGGAGCAGGAGAAGCAGGUGCGUUCGGCCUUGGCGGUAGAGAGGGACGAGGCCAAUCUCACCCUAAGGAAGUUGCAAAAGAAGGUGGAGAGGCUACAGAAGGAGCUGCGUGUGUGUCGAGACUCGAACACGGAGCUCAAAGCCCAGCUGGCUGACACCCAUGAGCUCAAGAUUAAAACUUUGGAACAGACCAAAGCCAUUGAAGACCUAAAUAAAUCCAGAGACAAACUUGAGAAGAUGAAGGAGAAAGCUGAGAAAAAACUAAUGUCUGUCAAGUCAGAACUGGAUUCUACAGAGCAUGAGGCUAAGGAGGAUAAAGAGAGAGCCAGGAACAUGAUAGAAGUGGUAACCAGUGAAAUGAAGACACUAAAAAAAUCUCUGGAAGAAGCAGAAAAGAGAGAAAAGCAGCUGGUGGACUUCAGGGAAGUGGUUUCCCAGAAGCUGGGCUUGAACAUGACCAGUCUUGCACUUCCCGACUAUGAAAUCAUCAAAUGUCUUGAAAGACUGAUCCAUUUACAUCGGCAUCACUUUGUCACCUGUGCCUGCCUCAAAGAUGUGACGCUUGGGGGAGACAGGCACCCCCAAAGCCACUUAAAACUCCUUCACUGAAUACCAUGUCUCUUGAAGGAGGUAGAGCUAAGUGAUGGCACACAAUUCUCGAUUUCACUAAUUCCCGAAACCUUUGAAAUUUGAUCAGUAUGUGAAUACCAUAUACUUUGAUGAUAGAGCGAGGAUCCGUCAUUUGCAAAAAAAGGAUCUCAGAGGUGCCAGCUGUAGGGAAAUGUCUGACACUAAAAACACCUAUUUUUUUAUUUACUAGCACUUUGGGACCCAGAAGAGUUCCAGUAGAUUGUAAACCUAGAAUGGGCAAUGGUGGUAGGGAAUUUACAUUUAUGGGACUCCUUUUAUGACUUGGGGGCUUUCCUACCCAAUUUAAUUCUCAUAAUAGCCAUGUGGAGAAGGUUUAGUGUUUGAUUUUACAACCUCUCUGGGGCUCAGAGAGGGUGUUACCUACCCAAGAUUGCAAUUGGUUAGCAACUGAACCAGAAGUCUUACCAUGCUGGCUCUGGGUCAAAGGCUGUACCUUCUCUGUUACAUCACACUCCUCCAGUUUCUCCUGAAUUCCUGUGAUCCUGGUGAAAAUUGCCCCCAUAAAGAAAGGCAGACAUUCAUAGAAUCAAGAAUUGAAGCCCCCAAAGUAACAGAUUUAUGAAUGUUACCCAUAUGAUUUCUUUAAAAGGCAAUAUACCAAAUUAUUUGGUAAAACAUACACAGGGUCCAAGGUCCUGUAAGAAAUUUACCUGUUUUAAAUGUGGCUGCCAGAUCACAUUUGGUGGCAAUUUUUCAUGUUGGAGCAGGGUUGAUCUCAGUCCUUGAAAAGUUAAACCUUUAAUAUGAAACCUGUCACAUGAAAUCCUGUACAGUUUUAUUCACCAGUUUAUCAGAUGCACUGACAGCAGGGGUACUUUUUUCAGAUUGGGAUUUUAUUAUGACUUUCUGUCAUUUGCUGCCUUCUUUUUAAAUUUGUAUUUCACAGAUAUUUUUCAGGAAGCCAUAUUCUUAACUUUAUUGAGAGAAACUUUUACUUUUUUGGUCGAUUACCUUAUUUUUGCCAUAUGUAAUUUUCUAAACAGUUUCUGAAAAAAGUGUUGGUGUCUCAUUAAAGGAGAGGGGAAACACAGAUUACAUCCGAACAUUAAGAGAAAAAGCAUAUUCUGAGGGGCACAUGGGUAGCUUAGUCGGUUAAGCCUCUGACUCUUGAGUUUGGCUCAGGCCAUGAUCUCACAGUUCCUGAGAUCGAGCCCCAAGUCAGGCUCUGCGCUGACAGCGAGGAGCCUGCUUGGGAUUCUUGCUCUCCCUCCCUCUCUCUCCCUCUCCCUGGCUCAUGCGUAUGCGUGCUCUCUUACUCUCAAAAUAAAUAAAUUUUAGAAAAAGAGAGAAAAAGCAAAUUCUAGAGGAAAGGAAAUGAGUUGGACACUUACUGAUGACAGAUCACACAGAGGAAGAGGAAGCAAGGAUGUCCUCUGGGAGAUGGGUCAUGGUCGCCUGGCUUUCUCCCUUGUGUGCAAGGAUAGUAUAAAGUACCUUUUGCAACUGAAUAAACACACCUUCGCAGCCCUGACUGAGGACACGAGCUAGGUCUGCAACAGGCCGGAGAGGCAGAAUUGUAUUUUCCCUGCAGAAGUCGUCUCUGAAGAUCCCCUCACAUGCUCCGUAGAGACAGUGGCUGCUGUUCUGGACCCAUACGCAUUCAGACUGAAGGAGGCAACCUCACUGUCUGGGUCUCUGGAGGACUGAAUUGCGGAGUGGCUUUGCUUCAGCCAUGCCAUAGAAAGGUGGGGGGCGUUCAGAGAUGGAGGGGUUGUUUUUAUACCCCUGUUUUAUAUCUCUGUUCUCAUUUUCCAAAUACCGUCUUUAACGAACUUCGUUUAUUUUCUCUGUGAAGUUAUUUCCAACACUAUUCGACGUCACUUUAAAAGCAUAAACUCAUAAAAAUAUUUCUCCAUUUCGUGACAUAAGAAAAAUAAGUUCUAUCCGUGUAGAUGGUCCAUAUGCACGUUAACUAUUUGUCAUUUAGACAAAUUGAAAUCCCUUAAUAAAGCCAUUUUCCUCCUUGUUGAAACGCCAGUUGGUUGUUGGCUUUCCCUCCAUGGCAUUCAUUCUAGAGCUGGCAGACCAACCUCACAUUUUUGUGUUAGAUUCUGUUCUUCUAUAAUAUCCAUGUAUAUUUUAUGUUGGCCAAUAAAACGUGUUAUGUUGAUGAGAUUUUCUAACCAGGGUUUUAAAAUAUUUAACACUAACUCUUCUACCAAAUACACUUGAGUGAUAAUUGCCUUUGAGAUUAUUAUUCUGGUCAUUGUCUGGGACAUUUAAAUGCAUGCAUAAAAUAUCUCCAUUAGGAAAAAAAAAGAAUUAAACCCAGUCAGUUCUACCUUGUAGUCUGUCUGUCUUACAGAUGAACGGGGGGGUGAUUCCAGGUCAAGGGGUGGUGGGCUGGAAAGUGGUUAAAGAAUGUCUAUAUUAUUUAUAUUGUAAUAAUACUUGGGACUUGGACGUGGAGUUUAAUUGUCACUGGGAAGCAUUUCAUGGCUACAUAACCUUUGAUCGGGAAGGCUCUUGCCCACUCUAUGCAAUAGUGAUUUUAUCCACAUUAUUGUACAACCCCACUUAGCUUCUCCUCAGUAAGUGGAGUCUGUAUGCUUCCCUCUCCUCUAUGCUGCCUCCACACUGUUAUGCUCGUGUCUUUGUAUAAAAAUCAUUGCUCAUUUGAGGCUCCUUGCUAACUGAAUAUAACUUUUCUCUCGGUCCUCAUUGCAGUUACCUGUUAACAUCCUGUAUGUCUUCCUACUUAAGAUGGUUCAUAGUGGGGCUCCUGGGUGGCUCAGUCACUUGAGCAUCCAACUUCGACUCAGGUCAUGAUCUCACGGUUCAUAGGUUCAAGCCCCACAUUGAGCUCUGUGAUCUGUUUUGGAUCCUCAGUCUCCCUCUGUCUCUGCCCUUCACCUGUCUUCUCUCUCUCUCUCUCUCUCUCUCUCUCUCUCUCUCAAAAAUAAAUAAACAUUAAAAAAAAAAAAAAAGAUGGUUCAUAGGUGUCUUCUCCAGCCACAUUAAGUGCUGCCUUCUUCUCGGGUGACUUUAGUGCCCAUAAGGAAAAUUCAUACAACGUUUUAUCUUUAGUUUCUUGGCCUUCUUGACCUCAUACUUUUACCUCCUUUUGUUUCAGCUAUUUAAACCUUAGAUUACAGUUUAUAGCAAUCCAAUUGAAACUCCUGUAAGUCAAAGAGAAUUUGGGGCGGGGUACUCAUUUGAAAGAUUCAGGAGUAGACUAGCUUCAGCACGGCUAGUGCAGGGAUUUAAAAUUGUUAUUUGGAUUCUUUUUGCUUCUACCCAUCUUCCUUUUCUCCUUGAUUUGCUUGUCUCUGCA